AGUAGUUUUCAGUAAACUCCUUAUGAAAUGGAUGUUCUUGGCACGGCGCGUGCUUAUAUCAAAGAGAUGGUCAAUCUGGCUGGUCCUCAAAUGAAAGUUAUUCUCAUGGACAAAGAAACGACAACAAUAGUAUCAUGUGCUUUUGCGCAGUCGGAAAUGAUGCAGAAAGAAGUUUAUUUAUUCGAACGUCUUGACUCGCCUGUACCUCGAGAGGCAAUAAAACACUUAAAAUGCCUUGUUUUUGUUCGACCCACUCCUGACAAUGUCCAGCUUCUGGCUUCUGAGCUUAGAAAUCCGCGCUAUGCGCAAUAUUAUAUCUAUUUCUCAAAUAUCGUGAGCAAAACAGAUUUGAAGAUGCUUGCUGAAGCCGAUGAGCAUGAGACGGUCAGAGAAGUUCAUGAGUUCUUCGUCGAUGGCAUUGCUCUGAGCCCUCCAAUUUUCUGUAUAAAUAUAAAAGAAGUCUACGACCGGUCUUUUCACCUUACACCAGCUGCAUAUCUGCGAAUUAAACAGGCGCUUGUGGCGCUUUUGCUUAACCAGAAAAAGAAGCCAGUUAUAAGAUAUCAGCGCACAUCAGAGGAUUGCAAAAGACUUGCUGACGAUUUAAAUCAGGUAGUGCGACGUGAGGAAGGCCUAUUUGAUAAUGCAAAACGCGACACAGUUCUUCUUAUCAUUGAUCGAAGUGAAGAUCCUGUUACUCCGCUACUGAAUCAGUGGACUUACGAAGCUAUGGUACACGAACUAAUCACCAUUAACAACAACCGUGUUGCCGUUGAUGGGCAAAGCAUGGUGCUGAGUGAACUGCAUGACGAGUUUUAUGCCAAGAAUGUCUCAUCAAACUUCGGAGAAAUUGGACAGAACAUCAAAGUACUCAUGAAUGAAUUUCAACAGAAGUCCCAAAUACACAAAAACUUGGAGUCUAUAGCAGAUAUGAAGAAUUUUGUGGAGGAGUAUCCACAGUUCAAGAAGAUAUCAGGUACUGUAUCAAAGCAUGUUACGUUGAUGGGAGAGCUCAGUAAGCUUGUUGCGAAUCGAAAUCUGCUGGAAAUAUCGGAGGUAGAACAAAGUAUUGUUGCCGAAGGAGAUCAUUCGCGAUGCUUAGAACGGAUUCGAUCUCUUAUCAACCAUCCUAAGACUACUAGCUUGGAUGCCCUUCGGCUAGUGCUGCUUUACGCGCUAAGGUUUGAAGGCAAUCCCAGCAACGAUCUCAAUAGCUUAGUGAAUCUGCUCAAAAGGGAUAUGGACUCCGCGAAUAUAGUACGGUCUUUGUUGAAAUAUGGAGGUGCUGGGCGUAGAAAGACCGAUCUUUUUGGAGAGGGGUCAACAAUGGAAUUGACAAAAAGGUUCAUAAAGGGACUGAAGGGCGUGGAGAACAUUUAUACGCAACAUGAACCGUAUAUCAAAACGAUAAUGGAAAAUGUAGUCCGAGGAAGACUGUCAGAGCAACAAUAUCCCUAUGUUAGUGGCGAUAAUGCUAAUAGCCGUCAAGACAAUCUCAUUAUCUUCAUCGUUGGUGGUGCUACAUUUGAAGAGGCUUUAUCUGUACGAUCUCAAAAUGAGAAACGAAUGCAAGGUGGAGGAGGACCAGCAGUGUUGCUCGCCACAACAUUCAUGCACAAUACUAAGAGCUUUGUUGAUCAAUUCUCGCUUUCAUCCCCUUGGGCACGGUAGGAGACCAGAUAGACAUUGUUAACUAUACUAAUAAUCCCAGACUUAUCGCUGUGAUGUGUUGUGAUCUACUUUUUAACCAAUGAGUAUACUGUAGAUAACGAUCUAUUAUAUGUAUAUCUGAUUGUGCUGUACAUAAUAAUAAUCUAAGAAGAGUAUAGAAUUUUCUCCUGUAUAUUUUGUCGAGCGACUGUCUUUGCUGUUUUCAUAAAGCUGAAAGAUUU